AUGCUCGCGCAAUCACUCAGGGCCUCGCGCCAAUCGCUCGCCCGCGUUGCCUGGCAGCAGGGUGUCGCCGUCUCGCGUCGAACCUUCAUCACGCCCACGGCCGUCCGCCAAGCCGACCUCGUCCAGGACUUGUACCUCCGCGAACUGAAGAACUACAAGCCGACCCCCGUCAAGGCCUCGGAUGCCGAGGGCCACGUCCAGACGUUCUCCAUCCCCAAGGCGCCGCCGUCCCCCGAGGAAAGCGACAUCGCGAGCGACCUGAAGUCGUACGAGACGCAGCAGGUGGAAAUUGAGGGCCAGGCGGAGAGCGGCGCCGCGCCGGUGGAGGAGGACUGGUUCGAGGCCGAGGAGGAGGAGGAGGAGGCGGCGGCUGCUCAUUAG